CCUCCACAGCUCUCACACUUGUGCUGUUCUUUCACUCUCAGCAGAUAUGCAAUGUCUCACCAUCACAUUAAGAUCACACUUGAGCUGCUCACUUUAACCAAGGGAACAGCCACAUCUGAAUUUUAAAGGAGCAGAUAGUAAAUUUAUUCAUCAUCAUCUUAUUUAGAGUUUUUUGGGUAAGAAGAACUUUUUUGGAAGUUCAAUUCUUUGGAGCACAUUACAGCUGCAUGCAGUGGCUUUAGCAGAUUGGGAGCGAUGUCAACUCUACUCUCUCACAACAAAGAUCAGCCGCAUAUUAGGAAGUCGCUUUCUGACUCUUCUCCAACUUCAUCAACUGCAACCACCAAGAGCCUGAGGUAUGAGAGACUGUCAAGAUUGAGCUCAUCUGGGUCGUCUGAUGCCUCCAACAACACAGCAACAAAUCACGCUGAAUCCUACUUCUUACGGAGGGAGAACAGGCUGUCUGCAAGGAAAAAAGCAGAAGAAGAGACAGCAAACAAUGACUAUAAAAAGAUGUACGAAAAGGCACUGGCCACUAAUCAAAGGCUGAAGUCCAGGCUGGAAACAAGUAAACAGGAACUGGUCAUGAUUCAGGACCAGCUGCAGAGAGCUCAGAGAGGAAGACCGGGAGACUGUAGCUCCAACAUGCUUGAAAUAGAGAAAAAGGAGAGCUGGAGUCUUAAAAAGAGAAUAACAGACAUGGAAGAACAGUUGAAGGUUAAAGCAGAGCUAAAGAUGGAGAACCAGAGACUGAAGGAUGAAAAUGGAGCUUUAAUCCGUGUCAUCACUAAACUAUCCAAGUGAGACAUGAGACAGGAAGGGUAGAGGGAGAGAGAACACCAGCAGCCAUAUUUAUAUCUACACUGUGCAUCUUCUUACAUUUAUCCUAUCCUCAGACAGAAUGCAUGCAUAGUUUUCAGUAAGUUUGGAAACUGGAGUCCAUUCUUGUGUCUUUAUUGAUGUGUUUAUGAGGCAUGCUGCAUGUCUAUUGUCUGUAGAGUGACUGACAUCUGCAGGGCUAAGGAUACAUUUCAUAUGAGAUGUCAAUGUACUGUAUUUAAAUAAGAAAUACAUUCCCAGACAGAAAAUACAUUAAAUUAAAUUUUAUACUGAAUAUUCAUUAAAUAUUUCUACAUAAAGACAAGUA